AGGCUGGGAAGAGGCGGGCGCUCGGCUCGCCAUGGCCGCUGCGGUGCUAGUCUGAGCGGCGUCCACCCCGCGGUCCCGGGCCGCCCGGGCCAUGCGGCCUCCGCCACUGUGGCUGCCGUCGCUGCUGCUCUGUGGGCUCGGCGCUGCGGUGUCCCUGCCAGACCCCCUUUCCCAGCUUGCUGCUCCUCUGAACCCAAAGCUUCACCUGUACAAUGACGAGCAGAUUCUAACUUGGGAGCCGUCGCCUUCCAGCAACGACACGAGACCAGUGGUGUACCAGGUGGAGUAUAGAUACGUCGAUGGCACCUGGCGUUCGUUGCAGUGUACAGACAUCGCAGAGACUAAGUGUGACUUCACAGAAGGGGACCCCUUGAAGGGCCCACUCUCACGCUUACUCUCAGUCUUCCUGCGGGUGCAAGCCAAGCGAGGAAACCGCACUUCCGACUGGGUGAACCUGGAUCCAUUUCUACACUACGAGAAUGUUACUGUUGGACCUCCAAAAAACAUCUCGGUGACCCCAGGAAAAGGCUCCCUCAUCAUACACUUCUCCCCUCCCUUUAAUGUGGGAGGGGGGGCAACAUUUCAGUAUCUUGUCCACUACUGGGAAAAGACAGGAACCCAACAGGUUAAAGGCCCUUGCAAGAGCAACUCCAUUGUGCUGGAUGAUCUGAAGCCAUUCAGAAUAUAUUGUUUACAGACUGAGGCACAACUGAUUUUGAAAAACAAAAAUAUCCGACCAGGCGGGCUUUUGAGCAAUGUAUCUUGUCACGAAACAACAGCAGAUGCCUCCACCAGGCUGCAGCAACUCAUACUGAUCCCUGUGAGCAUCUUCGCAUUGCUGCUGGUGCUGACGGGAGCCUGCUUCAUCCUGUUCCUCAAAUACCAAAGCCGGGUGAAAUACUGGUUUCAGGCUCCACCAAACAUCCCAGAAGAAAUAAAAGAGUAUUUAAAGGACCCAGAUCAAUUCAUCUUGGAGGCCUUGGACAAGGACAGUUCACCGAAGGAUGAUUCCUGGGACUCCGUGUCAAUCAUUUCUUCUCCAGAAAAGGAUCGAGGAUGUGUUCCAAACACCAUGAACUAGGCCACAGUCUUUGCUUGUCCAGGAGGACAGUGCUUCGGGCAGCUUUGAGAGACCCCCAGUGCCCCAGAUACAUCUGCCUCCGGGAGGCCUCCGGGGCCGGGGGAGAUGGCAGACUGUUUAUUCUUUAUGAGUUUUCUGGAUCCUACAAGUAUCUAAAAGGAUUCCACAGAAAGAUAUCUCAGAAAAAAGAAAAAAAAAAAAAAAAAAAAAAGGUUUCUCUUAAACAC